AUGACUUGCUCUCAGAAAACUAAGGACCACGAAAUGCCCACUAACUCACUAACGAUAAAAGCAAUAUUCUCCGGUUCAUUAUUCUCUGUACUUUGUUUUACACUCAGAGCUGUUUUAAAUAUUUUCGUUGAAAAUAACAAGAAAAAAACUGAUCAUGAAGAUUCUGUUGUUCAUUGCCUUAUUUGCUGUCUCAGUGCGGUUCCAGUUUUUGGAGCAUGUGGACCUCACCAUUGCCAUGAAGCAUAUACUGCUUGCUGCUUUGAUAUCAAUACAAGAACUGGUGGUAGAAGCGAAGAAAUGUGUAGUUACAUGAGUGACCAAGGCCACAAGAAUGGUGGGCAUUAUUACAGGUAUUGCAACCGGUUUAAAGACAUGUAAAGCCUGUUAGCAAUCCAGAAUCAACAAUUGACUAACGAAGAUUUAUAAUUGUAAAGGACAAUAGUUGAUACAGGCUAAUCAGUAAAAAUAUAACAUAGAAUA